AUGGUUUUUAGUAGUGCUGGGGAUGCUGAGCAGCCGUUAUUUGUCAGGCCAUUUAAUUGUACGUCAUCGCAUUGGGCUGCUCCUGUCGUCGAUCCAUGCGGGAUAGGACAUGUCAAGAGUUCUGCGUUAUGUAUUGAGGAGAGUGUGCGGAAGCGAUUUGAACCGUGGGAGUUGGGCCUAAUCAAGCAUAAGGCGUUGCAGGAGUACAACUUGCUGAAGAACGCUUCUGAGCGGAGAGAUUUGGAGCGGGAAGAGUCCAUAGCGCGAGAAGAGAUAGUGAACGAUGCGACAUCCCUUUUGGCUGCAGUUAUUGAAUGGCGUGUAGAAGCAGGGGAGGAGGUGAUGAGUGAUCGCGCCCUCUCGCGGCUUCUGGAGCGCUUGCGGAAGCGGGCAACCACUCAACAGCGUCAAUACGAAAUUAAUGAGGAGGCCCUUCGCGAGGAGGGUCGCAUGGGUUGGAGGCAGGAGGUGGAAGAGAAGGCCCGGUCUAAGCAGCGUGAGGAGGCGAUGGCGCGCUGGCGCCGCGAGUGUGAGGACUCGCUAUGCGCUGCCACGGCCUUCUUGAUGGGGAUGGAGAGAAGAGAACGCCGGGAUGAAGUGGCCGAGGAGGAAGCGGCAUGGGCGGCGCUCUGCACAGAGGAACUCAACGCCCGCGCCGAGGCAGAGAGAAUUGCCUACGAAAACUUCAUGAACAGUCCAGAGCAGGUGGCGCUGCGGAAGGAGCAGGAGCGAAUUGAGGCCGCCGCGCAAGCUGCGGCAGCACGGCAGCUGAAAAGGUUCCUAAGGGAACAGGAACAUUUAGUGAAGUCAUGUAGACACGCACGUGGGGCGGGCUCUGUUUUUGAGGCAUUACCGCCAAGGAAUUUGUGCGUUUCCUGCGGCGUAAAAUUUGACGAGACGGUUGGGUAUUACGUGAGGAUGCGGGGUUCUACGCUUGUCCCGCCAGAAACGUGGAGCCCUCCAAAGGAUACAUCACUGGCUCAACGGAAUUCACGCAGCAGCAUCGCAAAGCUGCCACCAAUUACCCAACGAACCAAGCAGCAAGGUCGUAAAUCUCUGACAGGUGCGGCGUUGGAUGGAUCCACGCGUGUUAGUAGAGUGAGUGCUGUCAAGAGGGCAUAG